AUGUCGCGAAUAGCCUCAUACGGAAUAACACGGUCCUUCCAGCCUAUCCACGCCGCCCAUCAUCCAAGGCAUCCGCAGCAUGCCAAACAUGUCGUCGAAAGAAAAACCGAGCUUCACCUGGCAUCAAUCACCGAGAAACUGGUAACGCUGGAAAAGACCGUUCAUCAACUUUCCUCGAUAGUAAAGCACCGCCAGCAUGCUAUUACCGAUAGAGACGAGUCAGUCUUCGACCAAACUGCCAACCCACGCCAGCUUCGAGAAUCCACCGCGGUUGUGCAAUCCCGGUUCUACUCAAACAGGAAGCCUCCCUUGCAUUUCGAUAUCAGCAGAGAAGAACAUGACCCGGAUUCUCAACAUCAACCCGUCACUCCACAGAGUACGAGAAAUAAACCAACGCCACACGCCUCGACGAGCAAAGAAGUGCCCACUGGUUUAGAUCAGUCUACAUUUCCAGGGAAAGAAUCCAAUGACUGCAAUGAAGAUCAUGGAUUGACGGAUUUCCACGCUGCGAUAUCCAUACUCCACCGGCUCCAGUUUGAUUUCACUUUGGAGUUUGCCCAGGCCGAAAUGUUGGCUGGCAUUUAUCUUUACCGGAAAUCAAGGAUACUAGACGCAUGGAGGCACAUGAAUGCUGGCUGUACAGCCCUCUAUGUAAUGACAAAGAGAGACCUGCGAGGUCAGACGCAGCGAGAUCGAACAGAAUGGAAUACGAUACUCCGACUAUAUUGGGUAUCAUUGAAUCUAGAAAACGAUAUCCUUGUCUAUCAUCCUGAUCUCCCCAGGUCACCAUUAUACAAGUUGGAGGAGUCGGUCGCACUCCCACUUGGAUGUGAAGAAUCUGCGACGACCCAUAUGCCGGCGUCGGUACGAAAAACCUACACAUUUUUCCUGGCAGAAACCGGAUUGAAGGCGAUAUUGAAAAGAAUGCCUAGUGUUGGCAGAGAUAAUGGCCCCGUCACAGACAUUUCCCCAGACCAGGGCCAAACAACACUAACAACUGCUGCUGUACCGUCUGCAGUGAACAAGGAACUAGAGAGCCAACUCUCGACCUGGCUGGCCGGUGUACCUUCGUUCCUCGGCUGGUCGCCGGAGCCUUGCUUGGGCGAACAGACGAAAGUCGGGACUCGCUUGAAACUGCUGUAUUGGUUUGCUAGGUUCUCUUUGUACAGUGACUCGACAGAGAACGCGCUUCAUAAUAGCAGCGUGUGCUUUACGAUGCAAGCCUGGACUGCCGUGCAAGACACGCUGUUGGCAGCACAGAACCUAGUCCAGAUAUUUGUUUCGGAAAAGUCUGAUCCAGAUCCUAUUCUCCAGCAUCGCGUUCGAUUGGUCAUGAGCACUCUCGAAUCCGCAAUGGUAAAGAAUUUUAUCCAGAGCAGAUACACGCAAGAAGUUGGACGAUUGCUUCAAAUGGCAAGUGAGAUGGUCGGCAACAAUUAUACCAUCACAGCGUCUCCGCGUGGUUAA